GGUAAGAGGAGCAAAGAGAAUGGUAUAGGCAUAUCGGUCCUAUUCAUUAUCAACCGAGAGGGAAAUGUCGACCACGAUCAGUAGUUGCAAUAAGAGCAAGAUCCUCGUCUUCGGAGGUACCGGUUACCUCGGCAAGCAUGUCGUGGGGGCAAGCGUGUCGUUCGGCCACCCCACCUUCGUCUUCGCUCGGCCAGCCACCCCUCAAACGCCUCCCUCCAAUCUGCACCUUCGUGACGAACUUCGAUCACUCGGUGUUACUCUGAUCGAGGGAGAACUAGAGGAGCAUGAGAAGAUGGUGUCCGUGCUCAAACAGGUUGAUAUCGUGAUCUCCGCGCUCCCAAAUCCUCUCACUCCCGAUCAAAUCAAUAUAGUCGAUGCCAUAAUCGCCGCCGGCAACAUAAAGAGGUUCGUACCAUCCGAGUUUGGGUGCGAUGUGGACAGGACCACCACCCUCCCGCCAUUCCAGGCAUGCCUGGAUAAGAAGAAGAAGAUGAGGAGGCUCAUCGAAGCAUCUGGCAUUCCCUACACCUUCGUGUGUGCCAAUUGCUGCGCCUCAUACUUCAUCAAUCUUCUGCUUCACCCUCACGACCCUCGACCUGACCUCGUUGUCUAUGGGACUGGAGAAGCAAAGACUGUGCUUAAUUAUGAGCAAGACAUUGCUGAAUACACGAUCAAAGUGGCGAAUGAUCCGAGGACGUGCGACCGUGUCGUGAUUUUCCGUCCGCCGGGGAACGUGGUCUCUCAGAAUGAGUUGAUCUUGUCGUGGGAGAAGAAAACGGGUCGGAGUUUCGAGAAAGCACUCAAGCAAGAGGACGAGAUGAUCAAGCUCUCCCAGACCUUGCCGAGCCCGCAUAACAUAUGGGUGUCCAUCAUGCACUCCGUGUUCGUGAAGGGAGAUUUGAUGAGCUUCGACCUAGACGAGAACGACCUCGAAGCUUCGUGCUUGUAUCCCGAAAUUGAGUACACCACCGUCGACCAGCUCCUCGAUAUAUUCCUCGUCGACCCUCUAGAGCCUGCUUGCACUCCAUUGGAAUGAUCGGCCGCACUUGAGCACGCGACUCAUUGUUCUAACUACAUAUGUCGACGGCGAUAGUCGCGACUUUGCAUGGAAGACAGUUCACGCAUCCUCGUGUAAUUAUGAUCAUUCCUCUCGUUUGAAAGCGCUUGAACUCGAAUUGUGGCCGGUCGGAUCGUGCUUUGUUCAUCAGGUUGGUGAUUAAGUUAGUAUAGACAGAAUGUAGUCGUAAUGUUUGUGGUUAUGUGAUGUGAUGCAUUACUGCGAAAUGAAGUCCGCAUAUGUGUCGUCAAA